AGAAGGCCUUCACUAGGGUUUACAAAAAAUAAAAUUCCCUUCAGAGUAUGUAAGAGCUGGAAGCAGCAAGAGGAUACCAAGAAGAGGACAUGGCUUAGCUCGGUAGUUUGCAGAGGAAGAGCAGGCAGAACCACACCACAUGGAAAACACUCCUAUCCCUGUAGACUGCUGGGAAGGAAAGCCACCAGCAAAGGCUGGGUCAUACCCAGAACUGCUGUUGCCAAGGGCUACAGGAAGAAGGACAAGAUUGGUGCUGUGACUCGGAUCGGAAAACUGUGGGAGAACCUUGCUAUCCAGGUCGGGUACCCCCGCUGAUUUCGGCGGCCUGGGGAGCCAAGAGCCUCCGCAGUUCGCUCCGACAUCCGAACCAAAUUUAGGCUGGGGUAAAAACCACAAUAAAAGAGAAAACGGAUCCAGAGGAGCUCGGGAAGGCACGGAGCCUUCAGGAAAGCCGCGGCUUGGUAGCUCAUAAAAAGUCGACAGUGCACGAAGACACCCUCGCAAGAAAAUUGCUGAACUAAGGAGAAGAGGAUUGAUUCCUCAGAGUACCCCUCUCGGAUUUCCCAUUCAUCAAAUUUGACCAGGAGAUAAGGUCCUGAUCAAAACGUGGAGAGAGCUCCCCCUGAGCCCUCAUUGGGAAGGCCCGUUCCUCGUCCUCCUGACCACAGACACAGCAGUGCGGACUGCUGAGAAAGGCUGGACACACUCCUCCCGAGUAAAGAAAAUUACAGAUCGCAGUGCAUCAGAGUGGGAAGUUACUACCCCCCCAGGAGAUUUGAAGAUCAAACUCCGGCGGCAACGCAAAUGAGUGGAGAUCGGAUAAGUUGUGUCAAUUUCGAUUGUUAUUGCUUUCCUUUUGUUCACUUCAAAUGCGCUUAUUGUAAACAAAUUUGGGUAGCUCGCUGUUUGAUGGGACGUAAACCAAGGGGUUUAUGUACAAAGUGUUUUGAAAAGGAAUUGCAACAGACCGAUCGAUUCUUAAUACUCGCUACCCGGGCGGGCCUGCUGGAACUUGACUCUCCUGAGUGGUUCCUGUUUUAUCAAAACGGCUUGAGGGGUCAGCUUGACUGCAAGGCAGAACCCUUAGUAGUCGAGUGCCGGCGAACAAUGAAAGUUCCGUGCAGAUUUGACACAGUUAAAGUGUCUCGGUGGGCGAUCUUUAAGCGAAGAUUUGCCAUCAGAACAUCAAGGGCCCCUGAAGAUAGUCCCUGCUGCCAAUAAGAUGGCUUACCCCGCCGUAUGCUUAUAUACGGGCGAAGGGCGAGGCAGAGGGAUGAAAUGGUGGGGAAUUCUGAUGUUCCUGAGCCUAGUCAUGUGCUCGACCAAGGGGAUAGACCCCGAGGUGCCCCCGGGGGUGAACCCCACGGGGAAGUGUGAGCAGUGUCAAGCUGCCACAAAAGCCGAGACAUUAACCGUUUGUCCCCCAGAACUGCACGAAGGAAUAUGCUGGUUAAAUGAUACCCAAUUAAAUUUGUGCAAAUUAAGGGAGAAAAUUUGGUGUUCCAAUCCGAGAGCAAGUAUUACAGAAAAUCAAAUUCGGAACUUGGAGGAACAAAAGAGUCAAAUAAAUCACCUCCGAACCAAAAGAGAACUGAAGGGGGUUCCCCCAAUCUCGGUCUGUGGACAGUGUAAUAAGACUGUCUGGAUUGGGGGAAGGAGACAAUCCAUUUUUUUAGCAUAUCAUCGAGUUAACCCUAUUUGUUACAAUAAAGCUACUGUAAAGCCGUGCACCAUGGGGGGAAAGAUGUACUGGGAGGGAAGAAACUUAAAACAUGAAACUAAAAUGCCAUUGAAUAAUGAUCCUAUAAUUUUAGAUUUGCUGGAAAACAAUGAUGAUAGAGUGUGCUUGCAAUUCGAUCAAGUGUUCUGUUUCUCGAAAGAUAGUGAAGGGUUAGACCCAGAGAGUAAAAUAAAACAACUAACCCUGGAAUUAAAGAAACGAGAAAUGGAAACCAGGAAAAGAAGGUUAGAGCAGGAAAGGCUGAGUUCCCUCAGCGAACAAUAUGAGCAAUUAGAAAAACAGUACAACAGCUGGAAUUUACCCAGCCCCAAUCAGAACCUAUUUAUAGAUCUAAUGCAAGAAAUCGCCACAGAAUUAGGCUUGUCCAACUGUUGGAUAUGUGGUGGUCUGAAAUCAGCCGAAAGAUGGCCAUGGAAGGGAGAGGGAUUGACCCCGGAACAAUUACUAAAAUGGACUGGAUUAAAAUUAUCCAAAACAACACGGAGACCCAAGGGUUGGGUAAUUGACGAAAGAAUAAUUGGGACAUUUUGCAUUAGCCGGGAGGGAAAAGAAUUUACCGAUUUAGUAGGAUACACCCCGUGUGUAAACACGCUCACGGUAAAUUCAGACAAAAAAACAAAGGUCUGGCAACCAGAACCACCCGAGGGUUAUUGGAGCUACUCUCGGGAAAACAACUGUGAAUGGGUAGACAUAAUUGGGCUUUGCUGGAAUAAAGUCCAGGGGGCAAAUCCCUUCCAUGCCUUUGUAGGUUUGAGGGACUAUUGGGAGGAUCCGGCAAAAUCAAAUAAAGGUUGGGAAGCACCGGACGGAAUUUACUGGGUAUGCGGAAAGAAAGCAUACAGUGAAUUGCCAAGAAAAUGGAAAGGGUCUUGCACUCUCGGAGUAAUUCGGCCGUUUUUCUUUACAUUACCUAAAGACGAAAGUAAGUCUUUAGGUGCCCCCCUCUUUGAAACAUUGGCUCGGCAAAAGAGGGACUUGAGACGAGAACUACCGAUGGCUGGUGGUAACCAAAAGUGGAAAGAGGAGGAGUGGCCUGCCGAACGAAUCAUACAGUACUAUGGGCCCGCUACCUGGGCAAAUGACAGCAGCUGGGGUUACCGAACCCCCAUUUACCUUCUCAAUCGACUCAUUAGGUUACAAGCUGUGGUAGAGGUAGUCUCAAACCACACUUCGGAAGCCCUGGAAUUGCUAGCAAAACAGCAUUCACAAAUGAGAGCUUUUGUCUACCAAAAUAGAUUGGCUCUCGACUAUCUGCUAGCUGAGGAGGGAGGAGUGUGCGGGAGAUAUAAUGAGUCAGAGUGUUGCAUGGAAAUUGACGAUUAUGGAGAAACUAUAAAGGGACUAGCUGCCGAAAUAAAAAAGGUGGCUCAUGUGCCAGUUCAAAAAUGGAAUUCCAUUUUACAGGCUUCCUGGUGGGAUCAAAUUUUUGGACAAGGGGCGUGGUGGAAAAAGCUAGUCUUCUUUAUAGGAUGUUCGGUUGCUGGAGUUAUUUUCCUACCUUGUUUGAUUCCUUGUCUGAUCAGGUUAAUACAUUCAGUGGUACAAGGAAUGCAGAUUUCCACCCUCCCAAUUGACCCAGAAAAAGCGCAAGGACAAACCACACUUCUUUCUAAACUGAUGAAAUUAGAGGAGGAAAAAGAAAGCAAAAACGCGAUCAAGGCAUUAGAGGAAUUUGAAACCAAACACAUGUUAACUCAGGAAAAUAAAGAAAAUACAGAGGAAUACUAGUAUUCCUCUCCAAAUAAUAGUAGAAUACGAAUUUUUAA